AUGGCGGCAGCAUGGGUUACUGAUUGGAAGUCAUUUGAUGUGGUCAGUGCACCAACUGCUUGGUUAAACCCUGCAUGUUGCCCUCAAGUUCGCGCCUUAUGCAUCGGAGUUAGGCAUCCCAGUAUCAGUGAAGGGCGUGGCGUGGUUGAGCGAGACGAAGUAGUCGAAGAAGAGGAUGACGACGAUGAAGAGCUAGAUGAGGACGACGUGUCUUCGAGUUCAUCUAGAUAUUCUUGCAGUGUCUGUGGUUGUUGUGCCAGUUCCUCUUUGGUUUUGAAUUCGAGAAAUUUACUUCGCGUCGACAAACAGUAG